AUGAAGCUUUUCCAAAGAGGCUUCCUUCCCCUUCUGUUUUUCUGCGCCUGUUUGUUCCUUCUAUUCAGAAGAACGUACGGAGUGACCUACGACUUGGCUAAUUUGGGCUCGGGGGAGAAAAGGUUGGCUCUGAACCUGCUUAAGGUGUUCGAAGAGGCACGGGGUGCGGAACGGGGGUUCUACGAGCGCUUGGACAACACGCAGAAAAUUUUCGACGAAGUGGGGGCGCGCAGAGCCAGUAUCGGUGGUGAUAGAAUCAGUGGUGACCACGUGGACAGUGACAGCACCGCCCUUGGAGACGAGGCGCCACCACCCCUGGAAAGACCGCCCUCCUCCUUCGUGCAAGUGAAGUCCAAAGGACCAGUCGAAGAGGAAACCAUCUGGAGAGCUCUUUACGAUACUCAGCUCAGAAGAUCCCCGCCAAACGAACAGGUCCAUGUUUACUCUCUAGAAAAUGUACAAAAAGAGUUUGCGCAAGCUAAGGCGGAUGCAUUUCUCUCUCAAAUAGCUAUUCUAAAGAAGGAGUUUGAGUUGAGUUUAUGUUAUAUGAGAGAGGAGCUGAUGAGGGGUAAGAAGGUACGCGAGGUCGUAAGUGAAGCAGUCGAUUUGGAAGACAGAGUAAGGCAAGGUGGGAUGGCGCGUGGGAGAUACGAAAACGGUGUCCUCAGGGGGGGCGCAGCUGGGAGGGGGGUGAACGGAACAAAGGUUCUCUGUUAG